UUCAGAGCGCGGCUUUCAGGUGACCGUGGGAGGUCGGCGCGGCCCGCGUCUGCGCUCGCUGCCGCGCCUCGGAGGGCGCGCCCAGGGCUCCAGCCAUGCUGUUCUGGCACACGCAGCCGGAACACUACAACCAGCACAACUCCGGCAGCUACCUGCGUGAUGUGCUCGCUCUGCCCAUCUUCAAGCAGGAGGAACCCCAGCUGUCCCCUGAGAACGAGGCCCGCCUGCCGCCCCUGCAGUAUGUGUUGUGUGCCGCCACGUCCCCAGCCGUGAAGCUGCACGAAGAGACUCUGACCUACCUCAACCAAGGCCAAUCUUAUGAAAUCCGACUGCUGGAGAAUCGGAAGCUGGGAGACUUCCAAGAUCUGAACACAAAGUAUGUCAAGAGCAUCAUCCGCGUGGUUUUCCAUGACCGCCGCCUGCAGUACACAGAACACCAGCAGCUGGAGGGCUGGCGGUGGAGCAGGCCUGGGGACCGGAUCCUGGAUAUUGAUAUUCCACUGUCUGUUGGUAUCUUGGACCCCAGGGCCAGCCCAACCCAGCUGAACGCAGUCGAAUUUUUGUGGGACCCUGCAAAGAGGGCAUCUGCGUUCAUUCAGGUGCACUGUAUCAGCACAGAGUUCACCCCCAGGAAACAUGGGGGUGAGAAAGGCGUGCCUUUCCGAGUGCAGAUCGACACAUUUAAGCAGAAUGAGAACGGGGAGUACACAGAGCACUUGCACUCGGCCAGCUGCCAGAUCAAGGUGUUCAAGCCAAAGGGAGCUGACCGGAAACAGAAGACUGAUCGGGAGAAGAUGGAGAAAAGAACAGCCCAAGAAAAGGAGAAAUACCAACCGUCCUAUGAAACCACCAUCCUCACAGAGUGCUCUCCAUGGCCUGAUGCAGCCUACCAGGUGAACAAUGCCCCGUCCCCAAGCUACAAUGGCUCUCCAAACAGCUUCAGCCUCGGUGAAGGCAACAACUCCCCGACCCACCUGGUGGAGGCCCUGCCCGUGGCCAGUGACCACCUGCUCCCAUCCGCCUCCAUCCAGGACGCUCAGCAGUGGCUCUACCGCAACAGAUUCUCGCAGUUCUGUCGGCUCUUUGCCAGCUUCUCAGGUGCGGAUUUGCUGAAGAUGUCCCGAGACGAUUUGGUCCAGAUCUGUGGUCCGGCAGACGGGAUCCGGCUCUUCAAUGCCAUCAAAGGCAGGAAUGUGAGGCCGAAGAUGACCAUUUAUGUCUGUCAGGAGCUGGAGCAGAACCAGGGGCCCCUGCAGCAGAAGCAGGAGGGCAGUGGGGACAGUAGCCUCUGUGUGUAUCACGCCAUCUUCCUGGAAGAGCUGACUACCUUGGAGUUGAUUGAGAAGAUCGCCAAUCUGUACAGCAUCUCCCCCCAGCACAUCCACCGGGUCUACCGGCAGGGCCCCACGGGCAUCCAUGUGGUGGUGAGCAACGAGAUGGUGCAGAAUUUCCAAGAUGAAUCUUGUUUUGUCCUCAGCACAUUGAAAGCUGAGAGCAAUGAUGGCUACCACAUCAUCCUGAAAUGUGGACUCUGAGCAGAAGUAGGACACGUACCUGCCUCCAACUCUCAGCCCCAUGGACCCCCUUGGAUGUAGAAAUUGCCCCACUAUCAGUUGUGGCCUCACCAGGCAAGCUGAGGCUCGGAGGGACCCUGCCUAGUCUGUGAGAGCUACAGACGACCAACCAGCAGAAACCUGUGGACAGAGUCUGGUGUGCAGAAAGCCAGUGGCUUCCUUCCUUCCUCCCCUUGGCCUUCAGCUUUUGAGUGGUUCCUUGUUCUUUUUCGUUGGUCCAAUCCUAAUAUUCUAAAAAGGCAAACAGUGGGAGCGUUUCUCUGAAACCUGAGGCCCCUUAGUGAGGCUUAUCGGCGUUUUUGGUGCCUCCUGUAUUAGUCCCUUUUGGCCUCCCUCCCACCUUCUGAGGAAGCACUGUCCCCCCAUACCUCCUUCUCUGGUAGCUGGCUCCAUGAUCAGCACUGCUGACUCCUUGGGAGCAGGUUACCCUCGUUCUCCUGGGGUUAUGCUCGCUUCCCUUCUCAGUGACCCUGGGGACCUUCCACCCUUUCUGUUCUUAGAUGAUUUGAUGGGAGUGGGUUAUCCUAUGCCUUAGGCCUCUUUCACCUCUCCCUUGUUUCUGAGGAUCUGCUGCAAAGCCUGAAAAUGUGCUCAUCUCUCUGCCUGGCAUGGUGGACACCACAAUAUCUAGGCAAGGCCUUUCUCACUGAUGCUAAUCCUGAGGCUCUGGGAGAGGGCAGCGGGUGGGAAUAGAAAAGAUACUGUUCAGGCACAUUGUCAUGAGUGGAAAAGGUAUAGGAACAAAACGAUUCCUCUGUAUGACUUCCCUAAGCGAUCGUGGGUUAGAAGGACUAGGAAAUGAGCAUGUUAUAUCAUCUGAUGACUUUGACCAUUACAAUACCAAGAGAAGACCUUGGUUAACCACUGCCAAGUUUCCUAGGGACUUUGUAUUUUCUGUGGGGGCCUCUCAUGUGCAUUUUUAUAUGUUUUCAUGUGUAGGAGGUAUGUUGAAGGUAUUUUGCCUACAUUGAAAUGGUUGGAUCACCUUUCUAAUGGCCUAACUAUGAGAAAGUUGAGUAUCAAUCACUGGUAGACUCAGAAAUUUGUCUUGCCUUUGGUUCUUGGGGUCCAGUGAUGAGGGCUUUAGCACUUUGUUGGUUUAGUUUCAUCUACCAAACCUUGAUGAACCCUAUGACCUUCUGAAUAGGAUGUUAUAGCUUCUAAAGUCGCAACCCACAGGAACUGUAUUAAAGGGCCACAGCAUUAGGAAGGUUGAGACCACUGUUCUAAAGGAAGCUUUUGUGGAAUGUAGUGCCAGGCUCAAAAAUUGCUUUAUAGAUAGGGAAGGCCCUCUGGGCCUAUCUAUAGAUAUCUAUCUCUACCUAUAGAUAGAUAGGCCCAGAGGGCCAAAAUCACCUACAUCAUAUCACAUAGUGAUAGGGUAAUGAUAAAAAUUUAUCAUACAAACCAGGACACUUCUAAGAGUGAAAGGGACUCCGUUGAUAUAACGUUAUGUUAGGGUAAUAGCUGUGGUUCCUGCAGAGUGAAGACGAGCUCCUGAUUCAUUUUCCCUUUUUGGAGAAGGGGAGGAAUGGGUGGGCUAUUGAGAGGUAAUAUACACAGCAUAUAAUUUAUCCAUUAUAGUGUAUAAUUCUGUGGUUUUUAGUAAAUCCACAGAUGCACAAUCAAUUCAUGGAAUUAUAAUCAAUUUGGAACAUUUUCAUCAACCCUAAAAGAAACCCAUCACUCUCCCAUCUCCCCCAGUCCAAGCAAUCAUAAAUCUACUUUCUAUGUAACAUUUCCCUAUUCUCGGCAUUUCAUAUAUAUGGAAUCAUACGACGUGGACCUUUGUCACUGGCUUCUUUCACUUAGCAUCAUAUUUCCUAGGGUCAUCCAAGCUAAGUAUGUAUCAGCACUUCAUUCUUUUUUAUUGCUGCAUAAUAUCCCACUGCAUAGAUGUACCACGCUUGUUUAUCUGUUCAUCGGUUGAUGGAUAUUUGGGUUGUUUCUACUUUGGCUAUUAUGAAUAAUGCUGCUAUGAACAUAUUUGUACAAGUUUUUAUGUGGACUUAUGUUCUAAUUUCUUUUGGGAAUAUACAUAGAAGUGGAAAUGUGAGGUCUUGCAGUGACUGUGUUGAACUUUGUGGAGAAUUUCCAGGCGGUUUUUCACAGCAACUUUAUUAUUUUAUGUUCCUGUUAGCAAUGUCUGAGGAUUCCAAUUUCUCUACAUCUUCUUCAACCCUUGCUAUUAUGUCUUUUUGAUUAUAGUAUCCCAGUGGGUAUGGAGUAGCAUCUCAUUAUGGUUUUAAUUUGCAUUUCCCUGAUGGCUAGUGAUGUUGAGCAUCUUUUCAUGUGCUUAUUGGCCAUAUGGAUAUCUUUGGAGAAAUGUCUGUUCAGGGCCAGGUGCAGUGGCUCACCUGUAAUCCUAGCACUCUGGGAGGUGGAUGGAUUGCCUGAGCUCACAGGUCGAGACCAGCCUGAGCAAGAGUGUGACCCUCAUCUCUAAAAAUAGCCAGGUAUUGUGGCAGGCGCCCAUAGUCCCAGCUACUCAGGAGCCUGAGACAAGAGAAUCACUUGAGCCUAAAACUUUGAAGUUGCUGUAAGCUAUGAUGCCAUGGCACUCUACCAAGGGUAACAAAAUGAGACUCUCUUUCAAAAAAAAAAGUCUGUUCAGAUCCUUUGCCCACUUUUAAUUGGGUUGUCUUUUAUUAUUGAGUUGUAUGAGUUCUGUAUAUUCUGGAUGCAGGUCUUUUAUCAGAGGUGUGAUUUAUAAACGUUUUCUCUUGUUCUGUUGGGUGCCUUCACUUUUGUGGUGAUGUCCAGUAUACGUAUUUCUUUUCUUUUGUCAUUUGUACUUUUGGUGCCUUACCUGAGAAACUAUUGCCUUAUCCAAAGUCAAGAAGAUUUACGCCUAUGUUUCUUUCUAAGAAUUUUUAUAGUUUUCACAAUGGUCUUUGGUUCAUUUCAAGUUCAUUUUUGUAUAUGGUGUGAGGUUAGGGGCCAGCUUCAUUCUUCUUCAUAUGAAUGUUCACUUGUCCCAGGACUGAUUGUCAAAAAGAUUAUUCUUUCCCCAUCAAGUUGUCUUAGCACCCUUGCUAAAGGUCCCUGGUUCUUACUGGAUCUUUUUUUCUGGGAGUGGUGAUGUCAUUAAGAAGCUUACCUUUUUUUUUUUUGUAAUUCAGUCCCACCAUUUUCACAGCUGUCUUCCUAUCCUGUUCCUGCUCUCUCCCCCUUUAUCUGCCUCAACAAUACUGGGUCGUAUCUCUCUCCGAUGUCCCCCAGUCUUUCUUGGUUUAUGUUCCAGCUCCACACACUAGUCCUAGGGGAAAGUCAAGAGCAAUUAUUUCCCUUUUUGAAUCAUGGGGAAUCUGAGUCACAUAGAAGUGAAAUAAUUUGCUCCAGGUCACACAGCCCAUCAGUGGAAGUGUCAGGAACAGACCCCAGCACUUCAGCAUAUCUGUAGUCACUAUACCUAAGUGAUGCCACUACCCGCACCAAGUGAUGGUAGGCUGCAUUUUAAUUCUCAAAAAAAAGGCUACUAUUUUACUUCUUAAUUCCCAAAAAGGGUACAGUAAAGGUCUAUUACUUUAAGUUUGCUGUUAGUGUUUCAUUUCUGACAUGCCUCCUGGCAUUUGCUCGGCUUAGUAUCUAAUGGUUCUAGUUAAAUCUUGAAGCUUACAAAGGAAUAGGAUAUAAUAAAUACUAAAAAGGACAUACAUGGUAAUUUGGUACCAAAAUGUCUCAGCUGCCUAAUUCAGCAGCUUGUCCCUUACAUGGGAAUCAAAGCUACAGGUCUCACUUUUUGUUUGUUUAAAGUAUAGAAGGGCCACAGAACUUCCCGCUCCUCUUCACCGUCUUUCCUGUGAGCUCCAAGCCCAGAAGUCUGGGCCUGCUGGGCAGGGCAGCUCCUCCCAGCCCCUGCCCUGCCCUCCGCUGAGGCUUCUCCUUGGUAACAGCAGCUUUUUAAAGUGACCCUCAGAGGGAAAGAAGGCAGACACAUGUGCCCAGGUCUCCAUCUUAUACCAAAGCCCAAAGCUGAGUCCUUCACUCUUAGUCCAUCACGUUUUUUUUUGCUGGUCAAGUGUCUGUUUGCAAGGUUGUGAGAAACCUUUUCCUGUUCAUCAGGUUGUAGCUUCACAAUAAAGGGACAGAGGUUGUUGAGUGGGGUGACAGUAGACUUUGCUGGGGGAAGGGAUUGUGUGCCUUUGGAAAGGGCAGGAUGGGGUGGUGAAGUCAAAGCCUUGGCUUGGGGUCCUAAACAAAGGUCAGGCAUUUCCCUACUGACCUCUUGGCCAGGCAGCCUCGGGCCCCUUAAGCAGGGCUGAUAACCUAGAGAGGGCUUUACUGGGGGCAGCCUGGAGCCAGCAGAGCAUCGGUCACAAGUUUCCAAGUCCAGUGUUCCUUCAGGGCUGUCCUGAGUAACUGAAGACCUGAAAAUCAUUAACAAGUGAGUGAAAUGAAUGGAAAAGCCUCUCAUGCUGUUGUCAGUGGAGCAGAGGGAGAAAGGCCCUAGGCUGUCCAGGCAGAGGGAAGCUGAAGGGGUAGAUGUUGGCUCUACCUGGGAUGUGGGAGGAGGGGUCAGGGGACUAGAGUUGGGUCCAAGGUUUCAGCCCUUCAUUCAGCACAAGUCUCUUUGCCUCUCUGGGUCAGUCUCCCCUUCUUAAAAAUGCAGGCCUGGAGACCUGCCAUCUGUGCUGGCCAGUUGUAGAAUGAAUCCGGGGGCACCAGGGCUUUCCUUGUUUCCCUCCAUCAAAAUCCUGCAGUGGGCGGGUGACCUUUGUGUGUGCAUCCUGGUUGUAUGUGAGGCUGCCGGUGCUUCACAGGAGUCGGCGGCAUCUUCAUCAUGUGUCUUCAGGAAUCAGCUCUAGCAACUAGGUGGGUGAUGGCACUGUCAGCACUUAUGGGAGCCCCAGGUGUUCCCUGCCAGCCAGAGAGCAGACACAGCGUGGGCUGGUCUGCAGCCACGUGGCGGAUGUGUGUGCUUGUGUGUGCAUGUGGGACCCUUUCCCCUUUACUCCUGUAUUAGCCAUGAGCAUCAGCUUAGCAAGAUGUAGAGACCUUUGCGUUUGGGGAAAGCAAGCUCCGUUGCAGCCGGUUGAUGCCCUUGUGAUCUUGUGUGACUCUCCUGGGGAGGGCCAUGUAGGUGAGACUGGCUACCCUAGUUAGGGGGGUGGCCCUUCAAAGUCAGUGUGGGGAACACUGGGCGAGGCCCCCAAGGUCAAGGCCCCUGGAGUGGGUCUUCCACACAAUUGCUUCCUGGCAGCGCCACACUCUGCUCACACUGUGUCCUCUGUCAUGUUACCAAGGGGUUGGCCAGUGAGGUGCUGGUGAGGCCACCCAGGGUAUCUUUCCUGGCUCCUGAGAGCUCCUGAAACUCCCACUGAGUGUCCAGACCUCUCUGAAAGAGUAUUACCUGGCUUUCCUUGUGGGUAACAGUGAACAGAUCUGAGUGGCAGUUCCCAUGCCAGUGGCCACAGGCUGGACCCACUGAGUCCUGUCUGCCAUUGAGGGGCCUUCUAAGGGCAGUGUCCCUAGGAAGGAGUUCUGAAGUGUGGGAAGCUGGGGGACAAGGUGGCAAGCUCUGGCCAAACUGCUCCCUCCAAAGGGCCAGUGUGUGGCCUGUCCUGGUGCUCUUCAUGCUGAGAAGCCCUGGGGUGGGCUGCAGGAGCCAGCAGGGGCCAGGGGAAAUUUUCAGACCUUUACCAAAGAGAGAGUAAUAUAAUCAGCUCCAUGCACAUCAUCUUGCAGUUAGGGUGCUGACCCUCAUUAGGGGUCACGAGAGUGGGCUGGCCUUGCCUGCCAUCUGCCUUCGUGGUCGAUUUAAUGAUCGGGGAUGUUGUCUCUGAACCCACACACACCAAAAAAAAUUAUGGAAAUUUGUUUUCUAUUGUGCUAACCCAUGUUAAUUUUGCAUCUUGACUCUGAAAUCCUGAAAUAUUUACUAUUGAGCCCUUUAUAGAAAAAGUUUGCCCAGCAUUGAGCUAGGUCUCCAUUGCUCUCCCCGUGGGAUUAUUUAAAGGAAAUCUCAGACAAUAAGGACUUGAAAACUUUUCUUUUAAAUUUUUGAGCUUUGAGCAGCCUCUGAAUUUCCCCUGCCUGUUGUAUGUCUUGCUUCCUCUGUGGCCAGUGAGCUCUCCAUCUGGCUUGUGUAGAGUCCUUCCCAGUCCCUCAGUGGGGUUACAGAAUCCUCUGUCCCCCACAUCCCUGCCUGUUCCUAAAAACCUGCUGGGCCUUUGUGUGUCAGUGUGUGACGGCCCUGUGUGGGUACGGGCUUUGGAGCAGUGGUGGGUAGCAGCCUUCUGACCUGAUCACUGAAACACUCCUGCCCUGGGACAGGGGCAACCUGGUCUUACCUGUAACCAGUGCUUUAGGAACUGAGGACCAUUUGGCUUCUCUGGAGACUGAAAACUCCUCCCCAUGGCCCUAGCUGCUUUGAAGGGGACUGCUCUUGUGGCCUUGGCCUGGUGGUUUCAAGGGGUGGCUCCUCCAUUUGCGGCCACAUGUAUCUUCACGGGAGACAGUGGUGUAUGGAGGGAGACGCAAUGUGGACCAAUAUCCAGCUGGGGUGGUCAGCCCACACAGCUAUCCAGCUUCUGGACCCCUCUGGAUUUUCCUUCUGUGUGCAGGCAGUGAUCCUGCUGUCUGACCCCUUCCCCUAGUGACAGCAGCAGGAGUGGCCUCUCUUGCAGCCAACUUUUGCGUGUCCAGCCUUCGCACAGUGUCUGCUCUGAUCCUCCCUGCAGCUCCCAGCUUGAUGGGGGGUCCGAGUACACAAUUUUCCAGGUGAGGGCAUUAACACUGAGAAGUUAGAGAGAGCCCGGGCUCCUACAGCUACUGGCUUUGUCUUGAGGCCUCAUUGCUGGGGAGGCGUGCUGUGCUGGGGAAACCUUUGUAGGGUAUGGUUAUUAAAGACAGAAAAGAAUGGACCAUUUGGGACACCUCUCCCGAGAGCCCCCUCCUUGCUAGGUGAAAGCGUGGUGACUAUGUUCUCUAAUGUUUGUGUAUUUAAAGUGAUUUCUUUCCUAAGAUGUGACAUCCCCACCUUUUUCCAGAUCGGGUGACUCUUUUCUAAAGGUGGUGGGAGUAUCUAGUGGACUCAAGUGGCCCUUGAGUGGGUCACGUGAGUCCCGGGGAGCGAGCCAUCAAGCCUGUUGUCAUCCUGCCAUGUUGUUUUUGUACAUGAAAUAAAGCAUAUUUUGCACUUACUACUGUACCGUUGUCAGACAAGAAAUCUGUAUGUGGGAUCUGUGCUUGGGUCAGAAUGCAAAUAAAACUCACAUUUGUAAGAAA